UUGAUUGCAGAAAGACUCGUCAAACUGACAUGUGGCGUCUUAAAGGGCUUUUGACAAGAAUGAAGACCCAGCUUCAAGCGCACCAGCGAGCCAUACCGAAGCUCUGUGCUGAGAUCAUCAAGUGCCUACCCAAAUGGACCAAGGACAAGUGCAGCCCGAAGUGUCCCGUCUUGAGAUGGGCACAGUACAAGGCGGCGGUGAUGGAGAUGAUGGGAAUCGAGAGCCUGGCUGAUGAAGAUUUCCUCAAGACGUCUUCGCAGUAUCUGGAUCACCUUGGAGAGAUCUUGUUUGUCUCCUCACUUACUGAGCCCAUAGUCAUCCUGGCGCCCAACUGGCUCUGCACGGAUGUCUUCGGCAAAGUGAUGGCACCAAAAAACUUCCCCAUCCAGCAUCUAAGAACCGUCAAGGAUAUCGUCAAGAAAGACGAAAUCCAGAAAGUGUUCCAAGAUGUUGCCGAUAUCGAUCUCCUGAUCACCCUGCUGCAAGAGUUCCAACUCUGCCACACCUUUGAUGGACAGGAGUUCAUCAUCCCCGGGCUGCUGACACAGGCCAUGCCUCCAGAGAAAUGGCAGAAGACCGAAGACCCCACCAAGACCGUGUACUUCGGCAAGCAAGUCCAGUGUGCCGACACCACCGACAUGUUCUCCUCCGGGUUCUUUCCCCGUGUGCAGAUCCGUCUGAUGAGGCAGCUGAAGAAUCGGCCGCUGCUGUGGAGAGACGGAGCCAAGUGUUUCGACUGUAACGUGGAAAGUCUCAUCAAGCUGUCCCCAGACGGCCGUGCGGUCAACAUCUGCGUGCGGAGCGAGCAGGCUGACAAGCAGAGCUGCCGACAGAUGCUCGAGCAGAUAGAUAACGUCAUCAACAACGUGCUCGACGAGUGCAGCCCAGGUACCACUACAGAGGAGAGGGUGCUCAGCGCUCGUGCACUGAAGGAACACAGAGAAGAAGUCUACUCCUACGGCAUGGACCAGAUCGACAAGGCCGAAGCAGGGGACGGCAUCGUCUAUCACGACAUCCUUGGCUUCUCAGAAGACGUCAAUGACCUCCUGUAUGGCGGAAGAGACGACGAUGGAGAGGAAAAGGAGCAAGGAGCUGUUGGAAACCGCCACCGUCAGCCAAAAAUGUACGGACAUCACAACACCAUCAUUAACGCAGGUGAUGGUGCGGUCUUCCACAUGUAUGAGGGUGCCGUUGGUGCCGUUGAACAACUGCAGCUAGAGGAUAGUGUGUCUGAGGCUAGCUCAGAUAGGCUUGCCCUAGAAUGAAACAGUCUAACCAGCGUGGUAACUGAGUAGCCAAUUUUUGCAGCAAAAUGCUUUUCAAAUACAUUAGUCUAUUUUCAUAAUGUCUUCUUCGUGCUGGAAAUGUCCACCACAACGUGUGACAUACAAUCAAUUUGCACCAAAGAGCCACAUGUGUCCAUUAUCAAUUCAUUCCAAAUACGGUGGUUAUCAGAUUUGAACAUUUCAGGCUUUCUGAGGUAAAGUUGCUUUUGGUAGUUUCUAGGAAUAUGGUGAUUGGAACCUAACAGUAAGAAGUUGUAUGUACAACGUUGGGAAGUUUCAGGACUAGUUUACACAAUGAGAAUGUGUCCGUCAGCUAUUGUAAAUGUAUAAUAUAUCAUUGAGUAUGAUUUAACCAUUUGAACAUUUUGUAAGAUCAUUUUG